AUGGCCGCUGCGGCCGCCAUGUGCUGCCGCCUCCCAGGGCCAUGGCGGGAGGGACCUGCGCCGUGCGCCGCUCGAGGCCCGGGCCAGGCUGAGGCGGCCUCGCGCGGGCGGCGGCGGCGGGCGGGAGACCACAUCCCUGGGGUCCCGACACCCCAAAAAGGCUGGGUGCAGUCCCCGAAGCCGCUCAGCCCGAGGUGGGACACGUGCCACGGCCCGGGCACCUGGGAGGGAGGAGCAGCCGAGGGCAGUGUCCGGGUGGAGAGAGGACUCAGGUGGUUGCACCGCUGCGUGUCCUGCGGGAAACCUCUCCGGAGGAGCAGGCCCAGACAGCAGGUGCAGAGCAGAUGGAGCCCGCCCCAUGCCGGCUUCAAGAAGCCCCCAUACUCUCUGUCCCUGAAAAGUUCCUUUUGGCAGAAUCAUGGGACGUGUUGGCAGCACCUUCCUGACACGUUUGAUCAACUAGCCUUGACUGGGUCCCUCUGGCUGCACAUCCGAGCAUCUGCAGUGCAGCAGUGCUGGCCUGCAACAAUCGACAAUCGGCUACCUCUUCAACAACCCUAUUUAUGUUGGAUUUCAAUUCCCGCUUUCAUUGGUCCACUUGGUAAACUGUCAUGUGGCUUUAUCAACGGAGACAAGGAGGCAACACAACUACAUACUUCGCUGUCUGUGCAUAAACUGAGAUAUGCUGUGACCAUCAGUCACCAGCAGGCUCGGCAAGAAGCAACAUCACUGGUCAUUGAGCAUGAUGCCAUCUGCCCCCAGGGACUGGGGAACUGAGUGUCAUCAAAAACCGACCUCCAGGGGAUCCCUGGGUGGCUCAGCGGUUUGAUGCCUGCCUUUGGCCCAGGGCAUGAUUCUAGAGUCCCGGGAUCAAGUCCUGUGUCGGGCUCCCGGCAUGGAGCCUGCUUCACCCUCUACCUGUGUCUCUGCCUCUCUCUCU